UGAAACCAUUUCUUGCAACUCAAAUAUUUUCUUUGCAUUCAACCAUGGUUGAUUCACAAGAUUACAUCAUUGUCUUCCUUAUCUGGUUAAUAACCAUCAUCUUUCUCCGAGCUAUCCUCAGCAAAAAACGAGGCAAAGCUCAUCUUCCACCAAGCCCACGUGCUCUACCAAUUAUUGGACACAUGCACCUCAUUGGCCCUAUACCUCACCAAGCUCUUACCAAGCUCUCAAACUGCUAUGGACCUUUGAUUUAUUUCUAUAUUGGAUCAAAACCUUGUGUGCUUGUUUCCUCUCAAGAACUGGCAAAAGAAGUAUUCAAAAAUCAUGAAACUACUUUCCUAAACCGGCCAAAAAUGGCCAAUCUUGAUUACCUCACGUACGGCACAUCUGAUAUGGCGAUGGCACCAUAUGGACCCCUUUGGAAGUUCAUGAAGAAACUUUGCAUGUCUGAACUUCUGGGGACUCGAACAUUAGACCAGCUCCUUCCAGUCAGACGUGAGGAGAUGAAGCGAUUUGUAAAAAUAAUAAAAGAGAAAGCUGAGGCAGGGGAGGUAGUUGACAUUGGAGUAGAACUCAUGAGGCUGACAAAUAACAUAAUAUCAAGAAUGUUGCUGAGCAAGAGGUGUUCAGAUAAAGAAGAUGAAGCCAACGAAGUGCAGACGUUAGUGAAAGAGAUGAAUAAUCUUGGCACAAAGUUUAAUUUGUCAGAUUUAUUUUGGUUUUGUAAGAAUUUAGACCUGCAGGGCUUCAGGAAAAGGCUUAAGGAUGUCCGGGACAGAUAUGACAUUCUGAUGGAGAAAAUCAUAUUGGAGCACAAAGAGGCAAGAAACAAGAAUGGAGCUGGAGGUGACAGAAUCAAAGAUGUGCUUGAUAUUUUGAUCGACAUAUCAGAGGAUGAAAAUGCUGAGAUGAAAUUGACCAGAGAAAACAUAAAAGCCUUUGUUAUGAACUUUUUUGGGGCUGGGACAGAUACAUCUUCCAUUACUAUAGGGUGGGGAGUAUCAGAGUUAAUUAAUCAUCCAAGGGUGAUGGAGAAAGCACGUAAAGAGAUUGACACUGUGGUUGGAAAGAACAGAAUACUGGAGGAAUCUGACGUAGAAUAUCUCCCAUAUCUCCAAGCAAUAGUAAAGGAAACUCUAAGGCUUCACCCUGGGGGACCAUUAGUUGUAAGAGAGUCAACAGAAGAUUGUAUCAUUGACGGUUAUGAUAUUCCAGAAGGAACCAGGCUUUUUGUCAAUGUGUGGGCUCUUGGCAGAGAUCCAAAGCAAUGGGAAAACCCCCUUGAGUUCAUACCAGAGCGAUUUCUUAGUGAAGAAUGGAGGCAAGGAAAAAACCAAUUUUUGGAUGUAAGGGGACAACACUUCAGCCUGUUGCCAUUUGGGAGUGGAAGAAGAAGCUGCCCUGGAGCUUCACUAGCUCUACAGGUUGUCCCAACAGUCCUUGGGAUAAUAAUACAAUGCUUUGAUUGGAAGGUUGAUGGAGAAAAUGAUACUGUUAAUAUGGAAGAAAAGGCUGGAAUGACUCUUCUUAGAGCCUACCCCUUGGUUUGUUACCCUAUGGCUAGGCUCUCUCCAUUUCCAUCAAUUUGAGUAUUCUGAUGCGAUUUGUUGUCUCAUUGUAGAAAUGCUGGUUUUUUUUUCCCACCGCUAAGGAUGAAGCACUCAGUACCUCGUGGCUCUGAAACCAUUGGUGACUGAGCCUCAAGCAUACUUGUUUUAUCCAAGUCUGUUGCAUAAAUUGCAAUAUCAGUAGAAUUAUGGAUGUAAGGUGCUGAUUGUCAAUAGUUGUAGCUUCUGUCCAUAUUUUCUGUUCUCAUAAUUUGUGUAAUCUCUUAUGACUAGGCAAAGUGGUAGGGCGUGUGCCUUUGUUGUACCUUUCUGUGGUGUUUAGAAUUUAGGUAGGCUUGUUUCUGUUUCUUCUUGGAAGUUUCAGUUUGCUAAAUCACCCAUAAUUAAUAAACUUGUGUAUCUUAUGAGUUUCAUGUGUA